AUGGUUCACGUCUCCUUCUACCGCAACUAUGGAAAGACGUUCAAGAAGCCUCGUCGCCCCUAUGAGAAGGAGCGUUUGGAUGCUGAGCUGAAGCUUGUUGGAGAGUAUGGGCUCCGGUGCAAGAGAGAGCUGUGGAGGGUUCAGUAUGCUCUGAGCCGUAUCAGGAACAAUGCAAGGAUGCUUCUGACCCUGGAUGAGAAGAACCCUCGUCGUAUCUUCGAGGGUGAGGCUCUCCUCCGGAGGAUGAACCGGUACGGACUCUUGGAAGAGGGUCAGAACAAGCUUGAUUAUGUUUUGGCUUUGACUGUGGAGAACUUCCUUGAACGUCGCCUGCAGACAAUUGUGUUCAAGACUGGUAUGGCAAAGUCCAUCCAUCAUGCCCGUGUGCUUAUCAGGCAGAGGCAUAUCAGAGUUGGGAGACAAGUGGUGAACAUCUCAUCCUUCCUGGUGAGAUGUGAUUCAGAGAAGCACAUUGAUUUCUCACUCACAAGCCCAUUAGGCGCCGGACGCCCCGGCAGAGUGAAGAGAAGAAACAUGAAGGCAGCUGCCAAGAAGGCUGCUGGUGGAGAUGCAGAUGAAGAGGAUGAAGAUUGA